CCCCGGUAGUGAUGUCGAACUCCUUUAAACAUCACCACCGGUAGCAGCAGCAGCAAGGCGACAUCGCCAGUUUCCUGGCGACAAUGAGGAAGUCACCAGCAACAUCCUAAACAACAUCAACAGCAUCAUCAACAACAACAACAUCAACAACAACAGCAAAAACAGCAUCAACAACAUCAACAAGACCCCCGCUGUGAUGGGCGGCAUCUCGGGCGCCCUGUGGCGGUCGGACGAGGGGCGAGGUCCGGACGACGAGGACGUCACGGUCGAUGCGCUGAGUUGGAACCCGUCCGCGGCCUACCGGGUGCAUCACGGUGCGGACGGAGCAAGGGGCCGCUCCUGCCUGCGCGUGGUGGCGCCGACGCCGCACGCGACACCGAGGCCGGAGGGCCACACGCGCUUCGUGUGCGUGUCGGACACGCACUCGCUCACCGAUUGCCUCCGGGUGCCACCGGGGGAUGUCCUCCUGCACACCGGUGACUUCACCCGCAUCGGGCUGCCCCUCGAGGUGUCCGCCUUCAACGACUGGCUCGGCCGCCAACCCUGCCAGCACAAGGUGGUGAUCGCCGGCAAUCACGAGCUGAGCUUCGACGCGGACUUCGUGGCGAGCCUGGACGACCCUUGGAGGUACUUCGGGAUCCCGGCAACGGCGGGGCGUGCCGACGUCACCAUCCCCCGGCACGUCCGCUCGCUGCUCACCAACGGCGUCUACCUCCAGGACGGCGAGACGGAGGUCCUCGGAUUCCGCAUCUACGGCUCCCCAUGGCAGCCCGAGUUCUGCAACUGGGCCUUCACGUUGCCCAGGGGCGAGCGUCUGCUGGAGAAAUGGCAGCAGGUCCCUGCAGGCGUGGACGUGCUGCUCACGCACGGCCCGCCGCUCGGCGCCGGCGACCGCAUCAAAGGCCACGCCGAGUUGCGCGCCGGCUGCGUCGAGCUGAUGAGCAGCGUCCGCCGGCGGGUGAAGCCGCGGCUGCACACCUUCGGGCACAUCCACGAAGGUUACGGGAUCAUGACCGAUGGGCGAACUUUGUUCGUGAACGCGUCCACUUGCAACGUGAACUACGAACCCGUCAACCCACCCAUCAUCAUCGACCUGCCCAACCCGUAAUGGCGCCUUCGUGCCUUCGAUUGAAUGCGGAUGGCUCUGGAACAAUCUCCGUCUUUCAGCGACUUAUUCUCUGGGGCGUAGUCCAUCACAAGCGGUUUUUAUGAUGAGAAAGAUCUAUUUAUUUUACCAUUUUACGAGGUCAAUGCGCUUCUGAGCUAUGUAACUCUUUUAUCAGAAGCGACCUGGCUAUCACAAAUGAUAGCAACUCAACGAAGUGGCUAAUCAUCGUCACCAUGUGGGAAAUGAGCAGCAGCAGCAGC